AUGUCUGGAGACAUAGUCUACGCCGAUGUCCAACUUUCCAGAAAAAAUUCUACCCCUUCCAGCCCGUCCGCCCCAUCACAAUCCCAGGACUCCCCCCGAUCCGGGCUGAGGCCUGGGACUGCUCUGAAAGUGGCAUAUGCUGUGAUCAUUCUACUCCUGGUGGCAGUUAUCACACUGAGCAUUUUAGUGGUACCCAGACGACGAACAUGCCCAGCAGACUGGAAGCUGAACCACGGGAAAUGCUAUUGGAUUUCCAAGUCAAAUGAUACAAAAAACUGGAGCAAUAGUACUGCAUUCUGUGUGGAAAGGAAGUCAAAUCUGGCAAAAAUUCAGGACACGUGUGACCUGGGUUUCAUCUGGUCACACAUACCAGCAUCAAAAUUUUAUUGGAUCGGGCUGCACAUUCCGAGCUCUGGGGGAAACUGGACGUGGCCAGACGGCUCUACUCUUGACUGGAGCCUGUUCCAGGUAAAAGGCUCAAAUGGAAAGGACAGAUGUGCUGCGCUCUCACGGGAUGGGAUAUAUCCUGAGAUAUGUGGCAAUGGAAAUCCCUGGAUCUGUGAACAGUAG